AUGAGAAGGAGGGAUCUGCCGCCUUUCGCCUUUCAGAUCCAACGUUUUGAUUGGCUGAUGCUAGACAUUCUGCCCACUAAAGCACCCACCGAAGAGCUCAUUGAAACAGAGGAACCUCUGGAAGAUUAUGAAGAUGUUUAUAAUGAGCAAAACAUAGAACCAAUCACUGAACCCAGUCAACCUGAUGACACUGAACGAUUUACAGGAGAGCACAAAGAGGACCAUACCGAGCCCCCGAAGACUAAAGCACGAUGCUUCCUUGAGAAAGAUUCUGGCCAUGUGUGUGGAUCGUAUAUGUCCAGAUGGUACUACAGCCAGCAGACUAAGAAAUGCAUGCGCUUCUGGUACAGUGGUUGUGGCGGAAAUGAAAAUCGAUUCUUGACAGAGGAUGAGUGCUUUAGGGAAUGUGUGUCUACAGAAUCUGAAAAUCUUCCACAGGAUGAUUCCAUUUCCAAGGACAUUUGCCAGCUCAAACUCGACGCAGGAACUUGCUCAAACUUUUCAGUGAAAUGGUACUACGACGUCAGCAGUGGCCAAUGUGUCCGGUUCUGGUACGGAGGCUGUGACGGGAACAGCAACAGAUUCAACACUCAGAAGGACUGUGAGAUUCGCUGUCUCAGGGCCAGAAAAGUAUCUCCAAACAUCUAAACUGUGAUAUCUAUUGAAUUUACAAAGAAUUCAGAAUCCAUUUAUGUACUUUUGGCAGCUUCUGCUUUCAUGAUCAUAUUCUCAUCACGACUGUCAAAGGACAGACCUAGAAGCGGUUUAGCUAAAUGUAAAUGUAUAUUUAUCUAAAUUUGAGUGUAGGAAAGAUUUGAUUACAAGAGCAGAAUUUGUUUAAAGAUGAAGUUUAUAAUGAUGCAUCAUUAGCAUCACCAGAAAGAACGGCAAAAAUAAUGGUUCAGUUUUAAUAAUUUCAGCCAUUGCUUUAUUAAACGAUUAGGCCCACCUGAAACUCACGCCAUUGGCUGAGACAAUGUUUUUGACAUCUUAA